GGGAAGCAGGGAUAGUAUUUCAUGGGUUCUUCACCACCACCCCACAUAGUAAUCUUCCCUUUCAUGGCUUAUGGCCAUAUCAUCCCAUUAUUAGAUCUCUCAAAAGCUCUCACACACAGAAACAUCAAAGUCACCUUCAUCACCACUCCAGGAAACGCUUCAUUCAUCCACAAACGCAUCUCCAAACACCACCCACAAAUCCAUCUUACUGAGAUUCCAUUCCCCAUCACCCAAAACCUCCCCAAAGGAUGCGAAAACACAGCCCAGUUACCUUCCAUGGCCUUCUACUUCCACUUCUUAGAAGCUACGAAACAGCUACAAGAACCCUUCCACCAACUCCUCCAAAACAUGUCUCAAUCCAAUGAUCUCCCUAUCUGUGUUAUCUCCGAUUUCUUUCUGGGUUGGACUCUCCCGAUUUGUAGCGAAUUCAGUGUUCCUCGACUCGUUUGCCAUGGUAUGGGUGUCUUUGCACUAGCCAUGAGUAAGACCGUGUGGGUUCACACGCCUCAACUUCAUGUCUCAUCAGAUUCUGAACCCCUAAACUUGCCUGGUUUUCAACUCAACUUCACUAUGACCCGGUCCGACGUGCCGGAGAUGUUCCUGACACCGGACCCGGACAACCCGCUUUCCCGGCUCACAUCAGAGGCGGGUCAGUACGAAAUGGCUAGUUGGGGGGUGAUCGUUAACAGCUUCAUGGAGCUAGAAGGGCCGUACGUCCCCACCUUUGAGUCUUUCUUUGUUAAUGGAGCUAAAUCAUGGUGUGUUGGUCCACUCAUACUCUAUGACCCACCGGCUGAACCAGUCCAACCGGAGAAUGGCAUGUGUGAAAAGUGGCUUGACGAGCAUGCCAUGCCGGAAUCAGUGAUCUACGUGGCAUUUGGUACACAGGCUGAUCUGUCAGAUGCCCAGCUGGAUGAGGUUGCUUUCGGAUUGGAGAUGUCGGGUCAUCCUUUCAUAUGGGCCGUGAGGUCCAACACUUGGUGUACACCUAAUGGUUUGGAGGAGAGGGUGAAAUAUAGGGGUUUGAUAGUGAGGGAAUGGGUCGAUCAACGGCAGAUCCUUGCACACGGUUCGACCGCCGGAUUCUUGAGCCACUGCGGAUGGAAUUCUGUUCUAGAGAGCAUAUCAGAGGGUGUUCCGGUUCUGGCCUGGCCCAUGAUAGCGGACCAGUUCUUUAAUGCUAAGUUUUAUGUGGAUGGGUUGGGUGCAGGGCUGAGUAUUGGGAAAGUGGGGCCCGAAGGCGUUGUCGGGAGGGAGACGAUUAGUGAAGGUGUGAGGGAGCUGAUGGGAGGAAAGAAGGGGAAGACUGCGAGAGAGAAGGUCAAGGAGUUGAGCCGAGUGGCCCGGAAGUCCGUUCAGGAGGGUGGUUCAUCUUAUGAGAACUUAAGCCGGCUACUGGACCAACUAGAGGCCUCUAGUCUUACUAACGGUUUGGGACCACACUAGUC